AUGUCGGAGGUCCUCACUGUAGAUGCUAUUCUGUUUGGGUUUCUGGUCUUCUCUGGCAUCCUGGGAAACAUACUGGUCAUCCAUGUGGUGUUCCAGUCGGCCAUUGAAAGUUUGUCUCGUCGGCUCCCUCCCUCUGACACCAUCCUGGUGAACUUGUCGCUGGCCAACCUGCUGACGUCUCUGUUCCGCACGGUACCCAUCUUUGUGUCUGAUCUGGGUCUGGACGUGUCACUGUCCCAGGGCUGGUGCCGCCUCUUCAUGUUGCUGUGGGUGUGGUGGCGGGCCGUGGGCUGCUGGGUCACUCUGACCCUCAGUGCCUUCCACUGUGCCACCCUGAAGCGACAGCAUGUGGCCAUGGGCCCCCUUGCACAGGAGCAUGAGAGGAGGAAGGUGUGGGUGGCUCUGGGGCUGGUCUGGGGACUCAAUCUCGCCUUUUCCCUGCCAGCGCUGGUCUACACCACACAUGUCCAAGGCAAUGCCACGGUGGAGCUGAUGGUGAUCAGCUGCACCACCAGGCCCCUGCUGGGCUGUAUGUGGGAAUUCCCCUCGGAGGAGCAGGGCUCGGCCUUCGCCUCCACCUCCCUGGCCCUCAACGAGGUGGUUCCCCUGGUGCUGAUGGUGGGCACCAACCUGGCUACGCUGCACUCGCUGGCCAAACACAUCCGGGCCGUCACCUCGGUGGGCGAGGCAGGGGGAGGGACGCAUGGCGAGCUGGACAGACAUGUGGCCAGUGAACGCAAGGCCAGUCAUGUGAUCAUGUUGCUGGUGAUGCUGUUUGUGGUGUGCUGGGUUCUGCAAGUUGCGGCGGUGACAUACUACAACCAUAACAGGGGGCACCAUGCGGAGGAGCUGCUGACUGUGGCCCACUUCUCUGCUUCUGUGUUUGUGGGCUUCAGUCCCAUGGUGGUGGCUCUGGGACACGGCAAGCUGAGGAGGAGGAUCAUGAGGAUGAUCGCUGGCUGUGCUGACAGAAGGAACCUCAAGGCAUAA